UCAGAUGAAGAUCAUGAAAGGUGCCUGCGUGCGUUUUCUUUGACAAAACGGAAUCUAGCAGUUCAUUGGUCCCCCUCACAACUCCAUAAGAUGAUGCUACCGUUUUAUAAUAGAGAGGUUUCUUGAAAAAUAAUGGUAGAAUCAUCAAGGAAAAGCGACUUUUGGCUUGUAAUUAGUUACCGGGUCGCUAGAACCAUACCAAAUACCUCCUCUCCUCCACCUGCUCCAAAGUCCAACCACCCCUUCCUUCUACCUCCACUAAACCACAACAUCCAUAGAUCUAGAUGAUGGAGCUGCUAAUCCACUCUCAGAUGAAGAGCAUUUGUCAAAAUCAGUGAAACUUUAUAUCAUUGCCCCAAUCAACUAGAGUCGUAUCUGCUUCAAUUCACUGAAAGUGAACCAAUUAAAGAUACAAAAUAUAUAGCCGCCAAUCCUAGCUGUAUUGGGUGGGGUUUGGACUGUCAUCUUCAUGUUUGACAUGUACCCUCUUGCUUCAACGUCUAUUUCGCCCUGUCUUUAGUUCUCGGCAUCUUUAAAAUCACACAACUUUCUCUCAUUAAUCCCCACGGGGGAGGAAUUCAGAACUCAGAACUCCAUCUGGAAUAUAUUGUCUGAAUCUCUCAACCGACAAAGGGGAAAUGAAGAACAAUCUCAGCAGCAGCACGAAGCUUAUCCUCCUCCAUCCUUACAUCCAAAAGCAGGGCAGCUCCAAUAGGCUAUGGCUUCUUGCAUUCAUUUCAUUCUUCACUCUGGCCUUCCUUCUCACCCUGAUUUACACCAGGGAAUCCAUCACAGCUACAACAGCUGCGGCUGCCUCGGCUACAACUGGCUCCAGCAUUAAUCUUCCGCUGUCGAGUUCCGUCGUGAGGGCGCUUGUUCACUAUGCUUCCAACUCCAACAACACCGAUCACAUGUCCCACACCGACAUCAAACAGAUAUCCGAUGUCCUCCAGAAAUGCCGGAGCCCGUGUAAUUUCCUGGUGUUCGGCCUGACUCCUGAAACCCUUCUCUGGAAAGCCCUGAAUCACAACGGGAGAACAGUAUUCAUCGAUGAGAAUCGGUACUACGCUGCGUACAUUGAAGAAAAAUACCCAGAAGUCGAGGCCUACGACGUGCAGUACACUACCAAAAUAACAGAAGCGAAUGAAUUGAUUGCAGCAGUGAAGGAACAAGUUAUGAAUGAAUGCAGGCCGGUGCAAAAUCUCCUAUUUUCCGAGUGCAAGCUCGGGCUGAAUGAUCUGCCUAAUCAAUUUUACGAAGUUGAUUGGGAUGUUAUUUUGGUAGACGGGCCUCGAGGGUACUGGCCAGAAGCGCCUGGCCGGAUGUCGGCCAUCUUCACGGCAGGUGUUCUGGCUAGGAGCAAAAAAGGCGGGAAUACAAAAACGCAUAUUUUUGUGCAUGAUUUCAAUCAAAAGGUGGACAGAACCACCAGUUAUGAGUACUUAUGCAAGGAAAAUUUGGUGAAAUCCAAAGAUAUGCUCGGACAUUUUGUCCUGGAAAGAGCGGAUGCGAAUGUUUUUCAGUUCUGUCGCAGCAAUUACACCUCAUCACCAGCUUCUUCAUCAUCAUCGUCGUCGUCGUCGUCGUCGUCGUCAUCUUAGUUGGUAAUGUGCGUGUCAACACAAAUAAGUUUAGUCCUUUGCCAAUGAUCAGGAGGCGAACAAUUAGAUUACUCCUAUUUAUCCAUCUUUCAAAUUUUGACAUUUUGCUCGCUCCACCAGCUGCUGCUGUUGGUUGCAUGUAAAAUAAAAAUUUUUUUUUUUGGGUUUUUGGCAUGUAAAAUGUUAAUUGUUUGUGUUAUAAUUUUCAUAUGCAACCUGAAAACUUGAAAGGAAUCAA